UUCUAAUUGAAGUAGUGUUAUACUGGAGUGUCACAAAAUCUCAAAAACUUUUUACGUUUUCAUAUUUGGUUUGUGUACAUUUUAUUUUGCUAAUGCUUUGUUUAUUGCACGAAUAUCAAAAUGAACUGUGAGGAGUUAGGAGAACUGCCGAAUAUCAAGUAUAUGCAUUUUACACCGCCUCCACCUUCGCGCGGUGACCCAUUCCUCAUUGACAAGUCAGAAACCUAUAAGAAGGAGGAUUGUCCGGAUGUGCUUAAGGAGAUCCCAUCCGAGUUUAUCGAUGAAGUAUUGCCAGUCGAGAAUGUGACCGUCAAAUUUCGCGUGAAUGGCUCUCGCAUUGUGGCACAGGUAUAUUCAAAUCGAUCGACUAUUGCCGAUAUUAAAGCUGACAUCGGAAGCAAAUUCGAAGUCGAUCCAAAGUAUAUAAGACUAAAGCAAAAUGAACUGGAAAUUUCCAAUCGUUGCUUGUUGGCACAAACGGACUCAAACCAAUUUGGAAUAUUUGAAUUCGAUUUAGACUUGUUACACAUCUCGGAAAUGAGUCUCGGGGAUGGAGUGGAUCCACCAAAGUUAGAUUUGAAUAUAUAUUAUAACAAAUAUCACAUGCCCGAUUUUAUCACCGUUAAUAUAGAAGAUGAGAACGGAAAAUUCAAAACGGUUAUAGUGGAGAUAUUAAAUAAGGCCAUUGUAAAGCCAUUUUUGUGUGGUUACCGUGAUAAGGCAACAGGUAUUGAGUACUUAGAUGCGUUCACUCAAACUGGACCAUACUUUGAUAAAAUGAAAUUUAAUCGUUAUAUCAGCAGAGAUACUCAAACUUAUGAAUUUAAAGGAAAAGAAAUUGACACUGCACAUGAGCAAUCCACGCAGUGCUUUCAAGACGGCAACAAUGUGAUGUAUGUCUCCGCCGCCACAGAUUAUACCAUAACUCCAGGCAAAUACCAAACGUAUGCCCAGAAGAUGCGACGCGAAAACAAACUGGCUAAAAUCAUUUUGAUUCAACGUAAUUUUCGUCGCUUCUUGAUAGUGCGUUUCAUGCGGAACGCGGCAGCAAAGUAUCGUCGGCUGGUGGCUAAUCGCAAAGCUGAGGAGGAACGACUGCAGGUGGAAGCCGAGAAGCGCAUCAGGCGCAUUGAGUUGGCCAAACAAUUUCCCCAAACCAAAGACGACUUUGAGAUGUUGUAUGGGGAGGUGCAGAAGUGGAAGAUCGCCGAGCUGAAACGCAUAGCGCGCCUAUAUGAAGGUCCGGCUCGAAUUGCAGAGGUCAAUGUGCUGCUCGACAAGGAGAUUCAGCUCCGUAAUGGCAUCGAGAAACAACGCUGCAUAGUCAAAAAGGCAAUGGAGGAUUUUCGCAAUGAAAAAAUGCUCACCAAAUUGGGCGAGCCAAUCAAAUGGAUUGGGUAUAAAGAUAACAUAAUUCACUUGGAUUUGUUACGCACCCAAAGAGUGCGUUUUCUAACUGAAGUCUAUAAGGAUAUGCAAAAGAAAACGAGCAGAGCGGAACGUCUUGAGCUUUUAUCAAAAGUGAAACAAAUAUUAUUGGACGAACGUCAGUUUCCGGAUUUUGUCGAGAUAUUUGAUUUAAUUCAGCGCGAAAUUAAUUUGCUCAUUCACACCAAAUAUUGUGACGUCGAGGUCUUGCAUAAACGACAGAAUGUACUAUGGAUGGAAAUGAUCAAGUUCUCCAAGGACAAGCCUCCAGACCACGGUGAAAAACGUAUGUGCGAGGUGUGCAAGAAGGUGAAGCCAUACAACCAAUUCGCGCUUAGAACGCGUCAAAACAAUGUAGACACUUGCAAGCGUUGCUAUUACAUCAAGAUCGCCUCUACGGACAACAAAACGUACGCUGCCAUAUUACGCGCAAUACAACGAGAUGAGCGCAAGCGCCGCUGCAACGCGUCAUUCGCAUUCGUGCUGCAAAUGGACGACAUUCGUUACAUAAUUGACCAAAUCUGGCACAGCCACUCAAUACUCAGCAAGAAUGCGGUGUUGAGCAAUUUGCGUUUGCCACGCUGGUUGAAAGGUGAAGAUUGGUCACCGUGGAAUUGCAUUUGCCUUACUGAGUCAGAGGCACGCAACCAUUAUAGACUUGACGAUCCGACAAAAGUGUACGACCAUAAAAUGGUGUUGGAGGUAGGCAACAGGCAUAUGUUGGCACGCAAUGCAUUCCACAAGAUGACUGAAAUCGCCACCGAAUUCGUGGAGACGGGGCAAUGGUUCCAUGUUGGAUUAAAUAAGCAACGCACUGUCUAUCCACCAAACGAAUAUCCGCGCUCAAGUUUUCCCAGUAAAUCAACCAACCCGGUACUCAAGGAAAAGAAAAAAUGCGAUUGAAAUACAUAAAUACAAUACACUCUACAUAUGUACAUAUAUAUGUAGAAGAGCAAAUAAAAUAUCACAAACGAGAAAAUUUAA